AGAUCGUCUGUAACAACAUGCCUCCUGACGUCCCCAACAUGGCGACCUAGGUGAACUUCCAGCGAUUGCCGGAGUGCCAUCGAGUGAUUUUCCCAGUCUUUUCUGCCAUGUAUUUUCCCGUAGGCUGGCCCAAGGCAUUGGCCGUGCCUCCUGAAGACAUCGGCGGGCUCCACUCCGUCUUGUGUAACCGGGACCGCGUCCUUUUCGCCGUCAUCACCGAGAGAUCCCUCGCUAUUUGGUACUGCCGGCCAUGUGUGCAGAUCGUGUGCCACUGUCGCUCCGAGGAAUCUGUGCGAACACUGGGGACCAAUCAGAAGGCAGCAUGGAGACCGGACUCAACCAGUGUGGCUGUCACGACGAGCCAGGGCCAUAUCUUGUUCUACCAUCUGGAGAGGGAGGUCCUGGCUGGACAUGGUGCCAACUGUUACAACCAGACCAGGGGAGGAAGGUUCCCAAGUAUGCGUUCGUCCAGCAGUAUGGAGUACGGAGAGGGGGUUCCCUCCAUCAGGAUGACUUUUUUCACCUCCGUACAAAUCAUCGGCAAGAUAGAAUGCCUGGUGUGCGUACGAGACGAGCUCCUGGUUGCCACGGGUAACGGUAUGCUGCAGCGGUUACGCUGGGACGGCGUGGUCAACGGAAAAACGGGGAUCAACAUCGCGUCUAUUCCCUUCUCUAUUGACCUUCAACAUUCCAGAGCGUCUACCCUGGACACUCCAGGCAUCACGUUUACACAUAUCGAGUACAGCGGGCUCCUGGGAGGUUUCGCUGUCGUACUACCGGACGGGAGGGCGGGGCUCGUCAACACGUUGGCCGGUAAAGUAGAAAACAAUAGCCUACAGGGUGUUUGGGCCCAGGGUCUGGAGAAUGUCACCUGUGUAGCUGUCAACAACAGAUACAGACUCAUAGCAUUUGGCUGCACAGAUGGGCUGGGUGUAGUCUACACUGUGGAUGACAUGACAGGAGCUCUACAGGUCUCACACAGACUCGAACUCUCUACCAAAGAUUACCCAGAUGCGUGCAUGGCGUGCGGUCCUGUGUCCAGACUAAGAUGGUCGCCUGACGGCUGCGUACUCGCGAUGGCGUGGGACCGUGGCGGGAUGGCGGUGUGGAGCGUGUACGGCGCUCUGUUGAUGUGUACCUUAGGGGCAGAUCAGGGCUUGUAUCAAGAAUCCCUCAGAUUGCACCUCUUCAGAAUAAAGUCAAUGUGCUGGAGCAUGGAAGGGUACCAGCUGUGGAUGGCGUGUGAAACGUUAGACCGUACAGAGGUUAUGGAGCUGCCCACGGCCACCUCGGAGCUGCUACAACUCCAGUUUGUCAAGUCGACGCUCACAGUCAACCCUUGUGCGACGAAUCAUGAACACCUAUUCCUGCAAGGGGAGGACAAGUUGUUCAUUAACACGGGAGACCUGGUCAUGAAACAACAGUGGAAGGACGCCAACAUGAACCGACCGUUACGGGAGUCCAUCACGAGAUCCGGCGAUUCAUCCCCGCAGAAACCAGUGAGACAGAGUAACAUACUGGUGGGAAACAAACAAUGGCUGGUUGUACAGAUCCCCAUUACAUAUUUAGGAAGCAAUUGGCCCAUAAGGUACGCAGCCAUAGACAGGACCGGGUUCUGUAUAGCGGUGGCUGGGAGGUGUGGCCUGGCGCACUACGCCAUGUUCACUCGCAAGUGGAAACUCUUCGGAAAUGAAACACAGGAGAAGGACAUGGUGGUGACGGGCGGCCUGACCUGGUGGAGAGACUUCAUCAUCUGUGCCUGCUACAAUCUCAACGAGAACAGGGACGAGUUGAGGAUGUACCCAAGAGCGAGCAACCUUGACAACGCCUUUGCGUACAGCUGUAAGGUCCCGUCUCAGAUCCUCCUACUGAACUUGUUCCGAGACAUGCUGGUGGUGUUCUGUGCCGACUGCCAUAUCGCUCUCUACUCAAUCGAACGCAGAGACGCCAAUCCAAAUCCGAGUGCCAGCCUCACAUUGCUACAGGAGAUCUCAUUGGCCAGCUACAUCCCCCAUGCUGUGACCGUCAUCUCAGUCACCCUGACUUCUCUCCGGACUGAAACAGCAUCCUCUAAACAAACAUCGUCCAGACGGGAGGCGGAAAGCCUGAUCGUGAACGUGGCGGGGCGACUGCUGAUGCUACAGAGGGACAGGUCGAUGACCUCGGGAAAGGAAAACGGAGACGUCAGGAAAAAAGAGAAAAUACUGCCAUUCUGUGCACCUGUUGUGCUGGCAUCAUGUGUAGAGAACAUGUGGUCGUCCAGCCGCUCCAGCCCGGACAAGGUGCACCUGAGUGAAGCGCUGUGGCUGGGCUGUGGAGCGUCUGGCAUGAAGGUGUGGCUGCCGCUGUUUCCAAGGAAUGAUGAGAAGAGACACAGUUUCCUGUCCAAGAGAAUCAUGCUGCCGUUCCAGCUCAGCAUAUACCCACUAGCGGUACUGUUCGAGGAUGCCGUGGUACUGGGUGCGGCCAACGACACCAUGAAGUACGAUUUCCAGGACUGCGCGUCUCCGAGUGUCUCCGACUCCACACCUACAAGGCUGUUCCCUUUCAAUGUCGUGGACAGAACAACUCAAGUUUACCUGCAUCAUAUUGUCAGAGAGCUGUUAAGAAGAAACCUGGGUUCUCACGCACUACAGAUAGCGAAGAGUUGUCGCUCCCUGCCGUACUUUAGCCACGUGUUGGAGUUGUUGUUGCACCAGGUUCUAGAAGAAGAGGCUACAGCUCAUGAACCUAUCCCAGACCCCCUGCUACCCAGAAUAGUGGACUUCAUCCGAGAGUUCCCAGAGUUCCUGCAGACCAUCGUCCACUGCGCCAGGAAAACGGAGAUCGCUCUCUGGUCAUACCUGUUUGCCUCGGCGGGAAGCCCCAAAGACUUGUUUGAGCAAUGUCUGCAGUCAGGUUCCCUGGAGACUGCAUCAUCCUACCUCAUUAUCCUGCAGAACCUGGAGCCUGCAGCUGUCAGUAGACAGCAUGCAACGCUGCUGUUGGAUGCUUCGCUAGACAAAGGCAAAUGGGAGCUUGCCAAAGACCUUGUGCGAUUUCUACGUGCCAUCGGAAAUGAGGACCCAGAAUCACCUCCCCGCACGCCCGUAAACCCCAUCAAUGCCCCCAUCUACCCCCUGCCACCCCCGCCACAAGAUGGUCCCUUCCCCGGCUUCGCGUUCGGCUCGCAGGCGCGCCCGGUCCGCAGCUACAGCAUGGGGGAGAACCUGGCGGGAGUGAGAGAACGAGGGAGCGCGAAGGAGAGAGAUAGGGAACGGCACCACUCCGUUCAAGCAACCAGUACAACCAACAAAAAAGCAACAGCGGCGCCAAAGGACAUUCCUCCACGGGUACGGGCAGAUUGCGGGGUAUUUACGGGGACACUGAAACACCUGGAAGAUACCGCGGAACACUUCUUCAUUGACGUGAUUCUACAGCGACACGCUCGAAAGUUGCUUGGCGCCGGUCGACUCCGAGAACUAGGUUCCUUCGCGGCUCAUCUAAACUUUGAGCUGAUUGGUUGGCUACAGAAGGAGAGGUCCAGAGCAGCCAGAGUGGAUGACUUUGUAACAUCACUACACACACUUCACAGGGACUUCCAGUGGCCAAUGCCAGUGAUUGCGUUGUCUCAGGUGAUAUCCAGGUCUAAUAGCGGGUCAAAGAUUGGCUCAGUGGGAGAAAGAUCCAGAUCGUCUUCCUACGAUGCCUUGGAAAUUGGAAUGAAUGGAAUGACGCUAAACGAUAUCAGCGAGGGACCGAACCGGCUCCGACCGAAUGGGAUGUAUGCGAGCCCGUCCCUCCGGUCGUCCAUGGAUCUGCUGUGUGACGAACUACGACAGGAAGCGAUGGACUCCAGACAGUUCAACUCUAAUCAGAAAGGAGACAAUGGCAGCACAGCAGCUACUGAAACAUCGGAGAUGUCGGCGUCUAUCGUGGCUGAUGAUUCAGAGCUGACUCUAGAUGACAGUAUGUGGAACUUGGCCAAUCUGGAUGAGCUGGAGGCCCUGUCCCAGGAGCUGGCCUGCAGGGGGCCUCCUCACUGUGAAACACAACUGAGAUACCUGCUGCAUGUGAUGAUGGAGGCAGGGUAUCUGGAGUUGGCAGUUAACUGUCAAUCAUUAUUUGAAUGUAGAUACCUGCUGCAUGUGAUGAUGGAGGCAGGGUAUCUGGAGUUGGCAGUUAACUGUCAAUCAUUAUUUGAACGUAGAUACCUGCUGCAUGUGAUGAUGGAGGCAGGAUACCUGCUGCAUGUGAUGAUGGAGGCGGGGUGUCUGGAGUGGGCCAUGUUGAUCUCCCUGGUGUUGAGGGACUCCAUGGGCGUGACACGGGUCGUCAACACCGCCAGCCUGACGGACAUGCCCAUUGACGUGGUGGGGAGGAUGAGGGAGGGACUGUCGUAUCUGGAACUCUGGGCAGACACCGAGUGCCCUGGAUACAAACCGUUUCUCUUGGUCAUCCGUGGUCAGGCCGAGGUCCUAACAGGCAUCGUGGACAUUCAGGGGUCACCUCAGGUCACCCCCAUCCCCACCCCCGAGUCAUCGCUCACCUCUGCAGACUUUCACGCGCUCGGUUUCCACGGCAACACCAGCGACACGGAAAAUCCCGAGAACGAGGAAAAGCAAUCUGUUGUUGAGACGGAACUACCACAGGACAGCGGUCAGUGUGCGUUGUCAUGACAACAAAGAGCCUCCUCCGGGGAACCAUGACGUUUCUUGUGAGGAUUUAAUUGUCUUACAGCAGCCGAGAACAUCUUGAACGUGGUUCGAAACCCAGUGAAACUGAUGGGAUGUGAAUGAGGGAUUCAAGUAACAACUUCAGUGGCCACGGGUACAAAUGGCCGAGUGUUGAUACGAUUGUGAUUCAUGGACACGUACUCUCCGACACGAGGCUAUUGGCACAUGCCGGGGAUAACUGUACUCAACGAUAGGCUGCUCGACUUACGAACAAUUUCAGAUACAAGUGUGAGCUUUAGAUACAGAGAGGACCUAAUAGUAUAUACUACAUACUGAAGAGGCUUGCCAUUACCUUUUUAACAUGAUGUCUCUGCGCUGUCUUGACUUCUGUUGUAUCACAAAUGUGAGAAAUGUUAAAAACCUCUUAUUAAGUCAUAAAAUGUCUUUUUUUUUCUGUCCUAAGUAUGUUCAUACAAUUUUUCCUGUCACCAAA